AUGUUGAUCCGUCUCGUGUCUAUAAUCGGCCUGCUGGCCGCCGUCGCUAAUACUCAUGGCUGGCCAGAGCCUUGGCCAUCUCACUGGCAUGAGCCGAAUAGCGAUGUCUUACCAGGUCAGCAAAUUCCUCUGGCGGCCGACGACAAUGACACCAGGGCGGGCUGCCGGGUAAGCAACAUGACGGCGUUUGAGAUGGCCAAAGGCAGAAAAAUUGUUGAUUUCGCCACAAAGGCCAUGGGCAGCCUCGAAGAGCCAAUGAUACCACUACUCAACUCAUCCGCGGGAGAGCAGUGGGAGUUUGACGGAGUCUCUGAUGAUGGCAUGCAGUCCUUCGUCUUUGGCUUUUACCGCGAUGCCAACUACGCCAUCCUAGGUACCGGGAACUUCCGUCUUUCCAUAGAAGUUGGCUUUGCAGACCGCACACGCUUCUACGAGGUGUACUAUCCCCAGCGAUCUGUCGUCGAGACAUGCCCACACGGAACCCGCGGUCUGUGGAUAGACGAGAAGACUGGCCAUCAGUUUUCUUUCCAAGUCAACGCAGACCUGACAGAGGCCAUUGUCACAUUAGAUUCUGACACUCUCAAGGGAAAGGUGUACAUUCACUCGCGGGCGUUGCCCCUGACCGCGGAUGGGAACGUGUGGCCGGCUGAGAAGGCAUCUACCGCGCCCAUUCCCUACUGGCACUGGUCACAGCCCAUUCCGGCCGGAACAGUGGAAACCGACGUCGAGAUUAAAGGCAAGCCCAUCAAAUGGACUGGUAUGGGGGGACAUGAGCGGUUCUGGUCCGCGUUUAGUUGGUUCACAUGUCUGAGAAAGCUGCAAGCAGUGAGGGCCAUGUUGGGUCCCUACGUGCUCAGCUAUUUUGCCUUCGCUUCCGAGAUCAACCCAGAGCACUCGCACCAGUCUGUUGUCCUUUUCAAAGAUGGUGCCCCAGUCUUUCGAAGCACGGCCAAUACUCCCUCUGGUACGGAAGACUAUGCUCUUGUCACCAAAACCUAUGGUGGAGCUGUUACAGGCACUCUCAAAGACAAAGUCACUGGCUUCCAGCUGGAACUCGUAUCGCCUUCGAAUAUGCACCACUACACUUUCUUUGUGGAGCAUCUCAACCUCGGAUUUGAAUACAUCCUCGGAGAGGGCGUGGGAGGUAGUGGCUUCUCUGGCCGCUCGAGAGGCGGACAUGUAGGGCUGGGCCAAUAUGAUGGAGUCGCCCUCACUGAGGCUCUGACUUUUCCCCGGAAUUCACCCCUUUUCAAGAGCAAUUACGUAGAUUAA